AUGGAGGAACGCGCAACGCGACUUGGAAACCGCGACGAGCCAGCCAAGAGAUUGUACCAGUAUGCGUUGGUGGGAAAGGCGGGUGGGGUAGCCGCCCUGUUGGUGGGGUCGUCCCUUCCGUCGCAACUGCCAACCACCGACAGAGACCCUGUCGGCCUGUUAGUCUGCUCGGACAUCUUCACUCUUUCACCACGGCCGAUGACCUUGUCUAUGGACUCUGACUCCGAUGACAUCCAGUCCAGAGUUCUCCAGAGUACCCUCGCCGAAGUAGCGACGCGACAUACGCCUGGGGUCAACGGGGACCCCGACGAGAAAAGCGAAGCUUGGUGCGUCAUAUGCCUCGAUAGCAUCACCGAGCCCUGCGAGGCUAGACCUUGCCACCAUAGCCACUUCGACUACCUCUGCCUCAUCAGCUGGCUCGAGCGGUCGUCGAAAUGCCCACUGUGCAAGGGCCCCGUCCACGAGGUCCUACACGACUUCGGCCAUGAUGGGUCCGGUACGAGUAGAACCUACCCAGUCCCUCAAGUGGCAGAUGUGAUCCAGCAAGCGCGACCGAUCAGCCGACACCAGCCAUCGCGUCCAGGCGACCGAGAGCAUGCUAUACGUCAACAAGACCGAGUGCGACAGCGACCAGGCACAGAUGAUGAAGCCAUUCUCCGCCGACAACAAGUGUAUCGCGACCAGCUCUACUCAUUGCAUGUUGGGUCGAAUCCAAGGUCACGGUACCGGGAGAUCACGCCAGCUCUGUUCGAAUCCGAACCCGAGAUGGUUUCACGGGCGCGAACAUGGCUCAGGAGAGAACUUCGGGUGUUUGAAUUUCUCGGCACUCCGAGUAGUGCACAAGGCAGCGGAGAUGUGAUGACGAGGCGCCGUGCGAAUAAUGCCGAGUUUCUGCUCGAGUACGUCAUUGCCAUACUGAAGACGGUGGAUAUACAAGGGAGCCAGGGUCAAGCCAUAGACAUGCUCGUGGGGUUCAUAGGUCGCGAGAAUAGCACAUUGUUGCUUCAUGAGCUGCGGAACUUCUUGCGGAGCCCGUUGUCGCUCGAGGCCUGGGACCGUGAGGACCUCGAAUCUACUGUCUCUAAGUUAGGCGAUAUAACCACAGGUGCGAUCAAGGACCUGUCGGACUUGGUCCGGAGCAUGUCACUCGACGUCUUUACCAUCAAUGAUACACAGCAGCAGCAAUCCGCCGAAUGCAAGCGAGAAACCCAGGAGUUGAAGAAAAAGGUAACCGCUAUCCUUUCCGAGCUCGAAUAUCAAAAGCUGCAGGACAAGGCCGCAACUCCGAAGGAGGUCCAGCCGAGAAGCUUGAACGACCUUGGCCUUUCCCCCAUCAGCAGUCGUACCCGCCGUCGGAGAGUGCAGGGCAAUGCUCCAACUCCAAGGGAAGUCGAGCCGAAAAAGGUGAAGAUCACUGCCGUUCCAUACAUCGGGAAAUUCAACACUCAGUAUAAGGCUGCUGCAGCUCCCAAGGCAAACGAGUCAAAGAAGAUGAAGAUUACUGCCAACUCCAAGCGCAAGGAUCUCGACCACUUGGACGGUGAGAUCGACUUAGAAGUGGGGAGAGGCGAGGCGAAGAAGCCUCGACUGUCUUCUGGACAGGGCAUUCGCCAUCUGGUCGACACUUUCGACUCCUUCCCCUUCCAACAUCGGCACGUCUACUUCCCCGACUCCUACGACCGUCACCGCACUGGGAACUCGGUCGCCAACCAUUAUCCCCUGCCGGCCCCUAUCAACCGUAACCCCCUUCUGCACCCGUACGAUUAUCGCCCCCAGCUCAAUCCUUCCAACACCGACCCAGCUCGAAAUGCGGGUCUGCAUGUCCCAGCGUCGGACUAUCAGCCCCUCAGAUAUCUGACAACGAUGCGUCGCACAGGAGGUUUUGGUGUGCGGGAGUACCACUCCCGGCCAGAACAUGGACAAGAUCAUCCCACGCAUGACUCGAACUGUCUGCCACAGGAGCCUGACUUGCAGCGUGACUCUGAGGCAACGUAUGACGCUCUGCCCUCGGAAAAAGACGAGCCCGAGCACUUGCAGCUUGACCCUGAGGAAACGGAGAAUGACGUCUUCCCGGAAGAUGACUAG